AUGCGACUCAUCUUCCUCUGUCAAGCCCUCUGGAACGUGUCGAUUUGUCUUGUCAAGAUCUCAGUCGCCCUUCUCUUGCUUCGCAUCAAGCAAACACACGCAUGGCGCAUCUUCCUCUACAGCACGAUGGUACUACUCAUCCUCACAGCUAUAACAUCGACGUUGUUUCAGUUCCUGCAAUGCCAACCGUUCAGCGUAUACUGGGAUUCUAGCGUCUUUCUCAAAGGAGGUGUAGCAUGUGUACCUCAGGAGCUCAUAACGGGGAAUAUCGUCGCUGCGAGUACCGUGCACGUUUCAACAGACCUGGUAUUUUCCUUCAUACCGAUAACUUUUAUCCGAAAGUUGCAUCGACCGCGUGGUGAAAAGAUUUUUCUAGGCGUACUGAUGGGUCUUGGACUGUUCGCUUCGUCGUUCGCCACCUUGCGUACCGCAGGUGCAAAUAUGAUCUAUACAUCUCAUGAUGUCUUUCGCACAACUGUUAUGCCUACGUUGUGGUCGAUGUUGGAGCUCGAACUCGCGUUGAUAGCGGCUACUAUUCCGACGCUCAAGAGUUUCGUACAGAAAAGCCUCAUGAAGCUUGGACGCUUCUUCUACGAUGAGAAAACGGAGACACAAGUGCGAAACCGGCUUGUGGAGCUGGGAUUCCUUAAUGAGAACAGUGAUGAGUUUGUGGGACUGGGACGGAAGCUGUCGAAACCAGACAUUGGCGACGAUAUGACACUGGCAAGUGUGCGAACGUCGCGAAAGAGGAAGGAUGAGUACGCGAUGACGGUUGAGGAGCUUGCAGCAUCGGAAAGUGAGGGUCAUGAGAUUACACGAGACUUGCGGGCGUUUGGGCCUUGAAGGCAGUCGGAAACUGUAAUAUUAAAACUAAGUAGCCACGAUUUAUGAAAUGCAAGGGUAUCUCUUACUCAGACACAGGACAGCGGCCCCCUCUCAUUCCUUCUUCAAUACAUCGACAAUCCACUGGGUAGCGUCUUUUGCUUCUGUUAACCCGUAUGGCAUAGUGAGGAC